GAACCCUGAAUCGUCGAGCUAGGUCGUCUCCGUCAUUAUUCUCUCUCCCCCUCCCAAACGUCGCCGUUUUCGUCGUCGUACGCGUUUUCCGGUGUCUGUUUGGUUUUGUUUCAUGGAGAGAGAAGAGAGAAACGCGGAGGAGUCGUCGUCGUCGACUGUGAUCAUAGAAGCAUCUGAAUAACCACAAGGUUUAAUUUCUCUUGUGCAGCUGAUUGAUUAGUUUAAACAAUCAAAAACAAAAACAAAGCGAAAAAAUGUCGUCGUCAAAUUCUCCGUGCGCAGCCUGCAAGUUUCUCAGGCGGAAAUGCACCCAGGAGUGCGUGUUCGCGCCGUACUUCCCGCCGGACCAGCCCCAGAAAUUCGCCAACGUUCACAAAGUGUUUGGCGCCAGCAAUGUGGCCAAGAUUCUUAACGAGUUGAGCGCCACGCAGCGCGAGGACGCGGUGAACUCCUUGGCCUACGAGGCCGAGGCUCGUCUCCGCGACCCCGUCUACGGCUGCGUGGGGCUCAUUUCUAUUCUUCAGCAGAGGCUGAAGCAAGUCCAGCUUGAUCUCUACAAUGCCAGGAAGGAGCUGGCUACUUACAUGGGCCCGCAGGCCAUGCUCUCCAUUCUUCAGCCGGCUUCUUACAUGGGCCCGCAGCAGAUUCAGGGAGGCAACGCAGGGACUUCCUCGGCGGUUGUGCCGUACAACAUGUCUCCGAUGAUGGGUAUUUCGACGGGUGGUGGUUCUUCCGGUCAGUUAAUGGUGAGAGAGCAGCAACAGCAGCAGCAGAUGUUUGAGGCUCAGCAACUGUUGGCAGCGAGAGAGCAGCAGGAGAUGUUGAGAAGCUUUGAGCAGAACAAACAGAGCCAAGAAGGUCAUCAUCAGCUGAGGUUUAACAGUGGGUUUGACUCGGUCACUGGAACUGGGUUGGCUCAGAUGAGUCCUACUUCACCAGCAGCGGCUAAUAAUGCAAACAUCCCACCUGCUUUGGCUCUGGGGUUUGAUCACAGCCCUUAUCAGAUUCAGCAACAGCAACAAGAGCAUCACCACCACCAUCUCCAGCUACAGGCUUUGCUUCAGUCCCAGCAACAACAAUCUCAGCAACCGCAGCAGCAACAACCACCGCAGCUGCUGCCGCAUAAGGUGGAAGGCGAGGAGGGCAGAAGUAGGAGUGUGGGCCCGUCUUGCUAACGUCCACCUCCAUUUUUUGCCCUUCCUCGCUUUUUCAUUAAACAAAGCUUCAUUCUGGUUUAUACGUAACUUCCCCCCUGCAUACAACUGGACACAGUGAGAGCUAGAGACUUACAGAGGAGAGUUGGAGAGAUUCAAAUCUAAGGGUCCGAUAUCUGCAUCAAUUUUGAGUUUCUAAAGAGAAUUAACUUGUGAUUGGAGAGAGUCAUUUCGAAGUUUAGGAUCGAUCUGCAUUGAUCUUCGAGUACAGUCUUGAUUUUAUCUUCUGGGAUUAGUAGCAUUCAUAACUUGAUCAUCCUUUUUUGCAAAACAUGUAAAUCUGAACUAGCUACUUCGAUCUCAUGCUUCUUUUCAUCUCACUCCACUGCUAUCUAGUAAUUAGCAUCAGUAGUUUUUACU